UAGAUUUUAUAUUCUCACUGCUGUUCAGUCCGGUUGGAGGUGUCUUGUCUGUCUGUCUCCGCCAUAUUUUUGCUCACACUCACAGCGCGUUGAAUUUUUUCGCUCAAGUCCGAAACAUAAUGUCGUCGACAGCCGUUCAACAGCCCCCCACACCCGCGCCAAAACCGCCACCAGCGCCAGCAGCUGCUGCCUCCGCUGGAAAGGGUCUCCACUCCAAGGUGUACAAUGGACUGAUUGGAGCCUGCGACAAGUUUGUGCCCGCCAAGAUGCGUCCCCUGUGGAUGCACGCAGCUGGUCCCAAAACGAUCUUCUUCUGGGCGCCCGUCUUCAAGUGGGGCCUUGUUGCGGCUGGACUGAGUGAUUUGGCAAGGCCAGCGGAUUCAAUUUCUGUCUCCGCAUGCGCUGCCUUGGCGGCCACGGGCAUCGUCUGGUCCCGCUACUCGCUGGUGAUCAUACCCAAGAACUACAGUCUGUUCGCCGUGAAUCUCUUUGUUGGCCUCACGCAGAUGGUGCAGCUGGGACGCGCCUUCUACUAUCAAAAUGAGCAAGAGAAGCUGAAGAAGGCGCAGGAAGAGAAGCCCGCUCUCAAGAAAUAAAGAAUAUCCAUCGAAUUGGUGCUAUCCAUACCCCUUAUCGACGCCCCUAUACAUAUAUUUUGUGUAAUGUACAAACCAAUACCACAACGCACAUCGUCAACGAAAGGAACUGAAGAGAGUGUAUGGGAUGCGGUUCUACCCUACCACGUGCAGUUUCUUUGAUUUUAGCUGACCAAAAUUAUUUAUGGAGUUUGCCUUAUGAACGGAACGUGAUUCGUACUAAUUAAGUUGUAAAUGUGGAGGCUUCGCGUAUCGUAUAGUUUAUUUUUUUUAUUGAUACGAGCAUUAAUUAUUGGACAUUUUGUGAUCUUCAACAAAUAAACCAAUACACUGUAAGACUGUAGAAAAUAGUGAAA